AUGAGUAGAACACCCAGAACUGAUGAAUCGACUAGUUACUAUCAACCAAUCACUACUGCAACUCGUCAAAGUUCCAUCAAAAGACCUUUACCACCAGUCCCUCCAAUCUCUUCUUCUUAUCAUCAACAUCAACCUCAUCAGCAACAUCCUUAUCCUUAUCCACAAACUUCAAAUCACUUUCAACCAAACCAAUUCCAUCCUCAACCUCAACACUUUCAAUCUCAAACCCAAUUCCAACCCUAUCCUUACUAUCAGCAACCUCAAAGUCAAUGGUCCCAAACCCCAAUCAGAAACCCAUCUUCUCAAGCGCCACCACUACCACCACCACCAACACCACAACAAGUUCCUAAAAGUUUACCAUCUCAUCCGAUUCCCAUAAACUCAAUCUCACAAGAAACCUUUGAACAACCACCAAACCCAUACUAUCCUACUCCCUUUCCAAUCUCAUCUCAUUCACAUCCUUCGAUCAAUCCAUUAUCAAGAACCCUUUCAACAAACCAUUCAAGCCAUUUUUCUCCCAAACGUAAUUUACCAAACCUACCCUUAUCAAGCCACACGAACCCAUCAAUUGCGAUCAAUCCGAUCAGUUCUAAUCAAACACAAGAUGGAUCUUAUCAUUCAACUUCCAAUCGGAUUACCAGAACAGGUAGUCUUCAAGGAGCCAGACCAUUACCGAACCAAGAAACAGUCCAUCAACCUCUAAUCACAACUCCUUCAAAACCAUUACCAGCUCCACCUUCUGAUCCGAACGUACAACGAACCUAUCAAGAAACUCCAUCUACUUUUUCCAAUCUUGUUCAACCUUCUAGACCAGCUUCAAAACCUACACCUGAACCUUUUGAGAUAACUAUCUCAUCGAAUCCAGAACUUACUGUGGUCCCUUCUGUACCUGUAUUGAAGAUAGAAGGAAUAGACGAAGAAUCUGAAGACGAAAGUAUAAACCAAUCCCAACCUACCAUCACGCUUAGUUCUACUCCUGAACCUGGAACGAAUUCUGUACCAGUCCCAAUCAUCGUGACUACUGAAGAAGAAGACGACUCUUCAACGAAUCGCGAAUCAAAUCCAUCAAAUUCAAAAGCAAGACCAACCCCAGUUCCAUUGCUCGUCACCGAACCCUCACCCUCCUCUCCAACUUCAGUUCCAGUCCCAACUAGCCAAGUUUCAGACCCAACCUCAUCCACAGAACCUAACCAACUCCAAUCCUUAUUCUGUGGAGGAUGUCAUCAAUUAAUUGCAGGAAGGAUCGUCAACGCUUUAAACCAAAGAUGGCAUCCCGAUUGUUUUAAGUGUGAACAUUGUUUGAUGGUUUUAGAACACGUAGCCUUUUAUGAACAUCAAGGAAAAGCUUAUUGUGGUGUAGAUUAUGAUGAAUUUUUUAGUUUAAAAUGUCAUCAUUGUAAUACAUCCAUCACAGAUGAAUCAUAUGUAACCCUAGACGAACCCAACCUAAUCGGAUCACCUAGACAUUACCAUCAAUUACAUUUAUUUUGUGCCGAAUGUGGAGAUCCAUUCUUAGAUCCGAAAUCAUUAGAAGAAUCAUCUCGAAUCUCAAAACGAAGUCUUCCUCCCCAACCUCAACAACCAAAUCAAUCGACGGUGAAAAAGAUGAUCGAACCUAAUCCGUUUGUUUUACAUAAAGGUUAUCCCUACUGUGAAUCUUGUCAUCUUAAAUUACAUAAACCAAAGUGUUUUGGUUGUAAGACUUCAAUGGUCGGUGAUAUUAUUAAUGCGAUGGGUAAACAAUGGCAUGAAGAUUGUUUUGUUUGUAAAGAUUGUAAGAAACCGUUCUUGAAUGGAAUGUUUUUUUUGUUUCAAUCAAAUCCGUUUUGUGAACCAUGUUAUUCGGUUCAACUUAAACAAACUUUUUAAGACUCAUCCAUUAAAUCAAAUCCAUCAAAUCAAAUCAAUCCAAUCAAUCAUCAUGGGGUUCAGAAGAUCAUGAGGUUUUUUUGAACCCAAAAUCCUUCAUGUUAAAAAAGGAUUUCACAGGGAUAGUUUUUCUAUUCGAAUCUUCUUUUUUAAAAAAAUAAGAAUUUUUGAAGAGAAAAUUUAAGACUUUUUGUUUUGUUUUUUUAUCUUUUUUUAAAUGUUUUGAUCAACACUUUUUUUCAAAAAAAAACAUUUGAUUUUUUUUACGUUCGUAGUACUUGGUUUCAUCAAACCCCUUUCCACUUCAAACCUUACCUUUUCGCUUACCUUUUCCCUUACUUUAUCCCUUUCUCUUUCUCUCUUUUUCUCAAAUAAUUUCUAAAUGUACAACACCUUAUCCAAAGAAAAAAACACUUUGUAUUCUUCAUCUCUAUACUUUGUAUUUUUCUUAAUUUAACUUUUAAGCCGAAUAAUGAUUAAAGGAGUUCAUGAAUAAACAAACAAAAAAGUAGGUAUUUCUUUGAU